AUGGAUUACCGAAAAAUGAUGAUGGAAAAAUUUCGAAAAAUGGUUCAAUUAACACAGUCCAAUUGGAUUAUUGAUGCUAAAGAUUACGUCAAAAAGAGAUACGCAGUACAGCAUUGA